ACAUGCCCGAUGAUGACAUUUGAAUCCAGAAUGCACAUACUGUAGUUAGCAGUUACACAGUACUCGCAGGUCAGUGUGUGAUGGUUUCGGAAUGGAUGUAUCAUAUAUCAUUGCGAUAUGGUUUCUCCUGUUGCAGUGCAGGCUAAGCCUUGGUGAAUGCCACUGCAGUGUAAAAAGCCAGUGCAACCUUCACCAAACAACGUGUGAGUCGGGAUGUGAGGCUGGAUUCACGGGAAGUCGAUGUCAGUAUGAAAACUUACUUUUGGGGCACAUCCUAGAUCCAUUUUACCGAAGACUUGUGGAUGGAAAUAUGACGAAUUGUUUCACCUACCACAGAGAUAUAUAUGCAAGAGACAUCACAUCUGCAGACAGAGUGAACACAUUGAGGAUUCGAUAUGCAGCAGGUAGAAAGUGUGGGUGUAAAGAAUUGGAGCUGUGCAAGACUCAAUGUCCAGAUGGUUGUCGCGGGGGCUAUAUGGGUCCACUAUGCAAAUACAAAUACCCGGUAUUUUCUAAAGUACAUUUGAAGAACGGGAACAAAAAACUAACCGCAACUGAGGACAAGAGUGAACCUGGCCUACUGCUGUAUACCUUUGAACCAAACAAAGUCACUGAUAUCAGACUGCCCCUAAUAGGAUAUGUGUGUGAAGUAGAGCUAUCAUACGAAUGCAGUGUCGGCUAUUACGAAGAUGGACAAGACUGUACACAGUGUGGAGCUGGAUGUAAUGGAGGGUGUGAUGGCCCGAACGGUCACUGCACAUGUAAAACUGGCUGGACGGGAACUCGAUGCAAAAGAUGCAGUGUCGGGUAUUACGAAGACGGACAAGACUGUACACAGUGUGGAGCUGGAUGUAAUGGAGUUUGUGAUGGCCCGAACGGUCACUGCACAUGUAAAACUGGCUGGACGGGAACUAGAUGCAACAACUGCGAGGGCGGCUAUUACAUGGAUAGAGGUGACUGUGUAGAGUGUGGUGCUGGAUGUGAUUGGGGGACUUGUAACGCUAAUACCGGGACCUGUAUCUGUAGACCUGGGUGGAGAGUGCCGGGAUGUGCAAUACUCUGCCCGCCUGGUAUAUAUGGGGAACACUGUCGGCUGAACUGCUCUGCUGGGUGUGUCAACCAGACAUGUGACCGAGUUGAUGGCACCUGUGACGUGUGUCUGCCAGGAUGGAACAUGGCCAAAUGCGACAACAAAGUCUUGAUGCAGACCAGUGGAUCAUGCUUGCCUCCCUUUUUUCUGUGGUCCUCCAUCACAACUAUCGUCACGGUCGGGGCUGCUGUACUGCGACCUGCCAUUCUUGUGUAAGGCUGUGAGAAAAUCUUAUCACAUGGCCAUGUGAUUAAUGUAUAUAUGAAUAUGUAAGUUCUUCGUGUGUCCUUGUCCUAUUUGAUAGGAAAGGAUGAAAAGUAACUGGGUGUACGAAAUGAUGAAAUAUUAUAUCUUAAGGGGGAGACCAUUUGAUAUUUUGGGGGCGGUGCGGGAUGGGGUGGUAGGUAUACUAACGGGAAAAAAGUAAUCAUGCUUCAUAUUAAGUGGCGAAAAUGUCAUGUUAUGGGAAAUAACUAAAUAUUUGGACCAUCGUGUGAUAAAUGUUUUUUUUAACAAAUUCAUUGGAAAAGAACAUACCUGGUGACAGCGAUACGCCCUAAAGACGGGAGGUGCAAUAACUCAAUUAAGCAUGUCAAUAUUGGGCAUGGCCACCAUUUCCGUUGAUACAGGCGAAGUACCGAUGGCCAUUUGAGACACCAGAUGAUUGAAAACCUCAUGCUGGAUAUUGUUCCAAAUGUCAAUCAAAUAUUAGCCCAACUGAGCUAGCGUUACCGGCUGGCUCUGGUCUUAAUAGCCGACCAUGAUAGUACAGCAGUGUUAUGCUGUUUUAAAACGUGUGUUACGUCACAUGCAACAUAGGGGCGGACAUUGUCUGGCUGCAACGUGACGUUUUUACGUCCCUGCAUUUGCAUCAAGGACAUGAACAUGAUCUCGAACGACGUCGUCCUGGUUGCAUAAGCCAUUCAAAUUGUCAAUGACAAUGAUGAACUGUGUUCUCUGACGAAGUUGAGUAACGCAAGCGUCGCUAAAACGUUCCCCUGAACUCCUGUAGACCCUUUCGAGACCAUCAGUUUGUGUGUUGUUUAACGCCGCACUCAGCAAUAUUCCAGCUAUAUGGCUUAGAUGCUUAGAAGCUGUCAGCACCAAGUUAGGCGUGCUUGACGGUGAUGUGGAAGCACAGCUAAGCUCGUAGCUGGACGUCGGGGCCGGAUGUGUUGUGUUUCCCCAACCGUUUGCGUCCAGGAACCCAUUAAUUGUUGUAGCUGUUAAUGUGUCAGUUUGGUAAUAAUUCAGUGGAUGUACCAACCGAAUAUGAUUGUCUUGUUGACGUGAUGUCACACAUAGACGAUCGUAAGCGUUAUUUACGGU